AUGAGCACCGAAAAGUACGCAGAAGUGAGCACCCCCGUCGGUCACGCCGACCUCGAGGACGCUGGCAAGAAGGUCCACGGCAAGCCCAACUCGUUCUUCCAGAUCUGUCUCCUCGGCCUCGUCCUCUUUGGCUGCCCUGGCAUGUUCAACGCCAUCAACGGUAUGGGUGCCGCCGGCCAAGUCGACGCGACCGCUGGCUCCAACGCCAACGUUGCUCUCUACGCGACGUUCGCGUCCUUCUCGAUCAUCGCCGGCUCGAUCCACAACGUGCUCGGCCCCCGCCUCACGCUCUUCCUCGGCGGUCUUCCGUAUGGCGCUAUCGUGCUCUCGUACCCGACCGAGAACGAAAAGGGCAAGUUCAUCUCCACGUGCUGGGUCAUCUUCAACCUCGGUGGUGUCAUUGGUGCGCUCGUGCCGUUCAUUCUCAACUACAACUCGGUGGCGGGCAACGUCUCGGACGCCACGUACAUUGUCUUUCUCGUCUUGAUGGUGAGCGGUGCCUCCAUGUCGCUCUUCAUGAAGAAGCCCGACUCGAUCAUCCGCUCGGACAACACGCAGGUUGACUACCCCAAGUCGGCGUCCGUCAAGGACGAGAUCAAGGGCUUGUACGAAGCCAUCUUUGACUGGCGCAUGCUCUGCCUCAUUCCCGCCUCGUUCGCGUCCAACUUUUUCUACAGCUACCAGUUCAACGCUGUCAACGCGCACAUGUUUUCGCUCCGCACGCGCGGCUUCAACGGCGUCUUGUACUGGGGCAUGCAGAUGGCCGGCGCCUUUGCCUUUGGCAACUACGUCAUGGACAAGGAGUCCGUCUCGCGUGCGACGCGCGGCAAGGUCGGUCUCGCCAUCGCCACGGGUCUCACCUGUCUCUCGUGGAUCCUCGGUGUCAUCGUCCAGAAGGACUUUACGCGCGACGACCCGAAGCAGAACAUUGAUUUUACCGAAAGCAGCCGCGCCGCCUUCCCCAUGAUCGUUUACCUGCUCUACGGUCUCGUCGACGCCAUUUACCAAAACUACGUCUACUGGGUCAUCGGCGCCAUGUCCAACGACCCGAUGGACCUCGCGCGCUUCGUGGGCUUGUACAAGGCGUUCCAGAGCGCGGGUGGCGCCAUCGCGUGGCGCAUUGACGUGCUCGAAGUGUCGUACAUGACCCAGCUCAUCGUCAACUGGGGGCUCAUGGCCAUCUCGUUCCCGUUCAUGUACCUCGUCGUCCGCAAGCUCUCCAACUAA